CCGGCGCAUACCUUACGUUCGUAUUAGGUACCUUGGACACAUUCGCGGCGCUGGUGCCCGCGCCCGCCAACAAGAAAAACUUAUCAUCGCCGAACUCCGAAUAGCCCCAUCGACCGUUGCCCGUUGGCCGCUGUACCUGGAACCCUCAAAAUAAGCCGCCCAGCCAGUUAGCCCGUCAAGUCUAGGCUGUCUGCUUCCUUCGGCGCCUCUGCGGCUGCAGCAAGCAAGCAUACUGAAGACAAUGGCAACCAACGGCGCUGGAACAUGUCUUACAUACGACUGCGGCAGCAGACCCGAGCACGGUGUGCCUAGACCUUUGCAUAUCAUCAAGCAAGCGGAGAAAAGCGAGCUCCAGGAAUGGAUAUUCCAGAGACGUCGGUCCAGUUGCGAGAGCAUUGCCACACAUGUCAGCAUGGGCAGCGGUCCAGAUCACCCCGGAGACGACGAGCCCUUGACAGUGCCCAAGAGGAGAGCGAAUCGGGGCAGCCACGCUUUGGGUGGCUUCAGACGUGCAAACGCGCUGCAGGAGCAGGAGCAGGACGCAGAGUCCCACGUGAAGGCCGCCGCGGACGGGCCGGUCAAGUUCACGCCGCAUGCGAGUCCGAGUCCGACCCAGAACCACCCUAGUAGCCUUCUUCCGCUGUCAAGCAGGACAAACCUAGCGUUCCCGAGUCUCUAUAGACAGGGAUUUGAUGGCGCGGGCGACUACGACCGAGACAGGAGAGGGCUGAGUCCGCGGCCUUGCAGUGCCAAACCGAGCCGUCCUGCAACGCCGGGGCGUGUUCGGCACAACUACUCGCGACUGCGGAACGCCAAGAGUAUGUUCCACAUUCAAGCCGCGAUGCCAUCACCCACCGACUUGUUGGAUGGUGGUGGUGAUGUGCCAGCAGCCAUCAUCUCUCCCCUGACCCCGAGACAAGAACCAGACUCGGAGACGGACGCAUCUGGCGGUGCCGCUCCGCUCGAUCCCUUUGUUCUAGUGCCCCAGAUUGUGGUGACACCAGAGAGCAAGGCUCUUAAUGACGGCGUCACUGACCUGUGGGCCGCUGUUCAGCUUUCUACUCAGGUAUGCCCAGCCAAUGCACCGGAUCCCAUGCGACAAAAGACCGACUACGGAUGGGGCCUUGGUCGGAGCCUCGGUCUUUGUCCUUCUGCAUCAGGUUUUGCCUACCAGCAAUACCGCUGUCAUCGAGGUGUUGGAUGAUAGCGCUUGUGCUAAGAAUACGUUAUAUCCCGGCUCCAGGC